GUCGGGGCAAGUGCUGUUGAUCUCCUACCCUGAGAAGCUGCUUACGGUCUUUCUCAAUCCCCGAUUCCCGCAAGGCAAGCUCGACGCCGAUAUCGACACAGCGGACGGAGUGUUUUCACUGCUGUCACGCAAUUUCUACCUCACAGCUUAUCGACACCGUCGACCUUCGAAGUGCCCGAAUUCCCACGCUAUCGACACCGGAAUACAUCCAAGAUGUCCAAGAUCGAUACCACAAAAGACUUGGCUGCGUUGUUUCGUGCACAGGUUUCUGCAACGCCCAAUGCAGUAGCACUGGAAGACGAAAACACCACAUACACAUACGCCGAGCUUGGUAGCACAGUGAACAAUCUUGCGAAUCGAUUACAACAGCUGGGCGUGGUCCGCGAUGCCCAAGUCGGUGUUCUGCUUCCUCGAAGCGCAGACUAUGUCAUUGCAUGUCUUGCAGCUCUAGAAGCAGGAGGAGCCUUUCUCGUUCUAGAGCUCGCCUAUCCGCCAGAUUUGCUGGCCGACGCAAUCGACGAUGCGAGACCGGUGGUGGUAGUCACAAAUUCUGCAGAAGCUGGCAAGAUCAAGGAGGGGAUCCCGAUAAUCAAGGUUGACGAGGAAGAGCGAGUAAGCGAAGGUCUGGUUUCAAGAGUGAAAAGCGUUGUGAAAGAUGCGGUCAACGGCGGAGAGAGCCAUACAAACGGAAAGGCAGACUCCACGAAACCUGCGGCUACAGCCUCGACGAAUGUGUCCAACGGGCAUAGCGAUGACGGCGAUCUGGACCGCCUGUGUUUCGUUGCGUAUUCUUCGGGCACCACGGGCAAACCAAAGGGUAUCGCAAAUCCUCAUCGGGCUGCGGUCCUGUCCUACAAUCUUCGGUUUGGCAUUUCCGACGUCUCCGCUGGCGAUCGUGUUGCUUGCAAUGUCUUCUUCGUCUGGGAGAUCAUCCGACCGCUGCUGCGUGGCGCUACAGUCAUUACAGUGCCCGACGAGACGAGCUACGAUCCAUCAUCCCUGGUCGAUCUGCUCAAGUCGAAGCACGUUACCGAAACUCUGAUGACCCCGACUCUUCUCGCGACAGUGUUGGCACGAUACCCAGAUCUCGGCUCACGACUAUCAGAAUUGAAGACGCUGUGGUUAAACGGAGAAGUGGUGACCUCAGAUCUUGCUCGCGCGGCUUUGAAAGCUUUGCCAAACACCAGACUGCUGAAUUGUUACAGUGCGUGUGAAACCCACGAGGUUGCAUGCGGAGAUAUUGGAGAGAUGCUCGCUGGGUUCGGUGAUAAUGUGCCUACCAAUGCUCCGGUUGGCAGACCUUUGGAGCCUCAGCACAUCCACAUCCUGGAUGAAGAGGGCAAAGAAGUGGAAGCUGGUGUGACCGGCGAACUGUUUGUCGGCGGUCCGAUGCUCGCUCGAGGAUACCUCAACCGUCCCGAAGUGACUGCAGAGGUAUUCCUUCCAGACAGAUUCUCUCCAGAGGGCGAGAGUAGAAUGUACAGAACAGGAGAUCUUGCCACACUUCUUCCCUCUGGUCUUCUGGAAAUCAGCGGCCGUAUCGCAGGCAUGAUCAAGCUCCGUGGUUACUCGGUCGUACCGGCGAAGGUUGAGCGCGUGGUGGAAGAUAACUUGGCUGUCAAAAAAUGUGUUGUGACCUCUUUCGGCGACGGACUGGAUCGUCAAUUAGUGGCGUACAUCGUGAGGGACUUGGACGCCAGCAGCAAACCAGUCGUUGAGAUCGACAGAGACGGACACAGUCCGGAGGCGAGAAAAGUCAUCUCGCCAUUAUUGGCGCAGUACAUGCUUCCCACGAUCUGGAUGGAGGUGGAUUCGAUACCAACACAUCCAGUAUCUGGCAAAGCAGAUUUCAAAGCCCUCCCAAAGCCCGUGCCAUCGAAGUCCCGAGCUGAGUCCCCAGCAAAGCAAGAUCCCAUUGGCAUCAGCGAUGUCGCCGAAGUCUGGGCAGCGGUCCUGGACAAGCCCAAGAGCGCUUUCAAGCCAGAGCACGGCUUCUUCGACCUGGGUGGACACUCUCUUUCUCUGGCGGAUUUGGCUGGCAAGCUGUCGAGGAAGUUUGGUUUCCGGAUCCCUGUCGGUCGCCUCGCAUCGCCUGCUACGCUUCAAAGCCACCUACUCACUGUCCGCGAAGUGAGAGAUGGUCAAAUCGCUGCCGUACAAUCUGACCUGCCGGCCGCUUUGCGACGAGAUACCACACUGGACCGCGACAUUGAACCCUCAGGAGCGAAGGUCUGUGCGCUCAAGGAUGCGAAGACUGUCCUUAUGACCGGCGUGACUGGGUUUUUGGGUGCUUUCCUGCUUAAUGAUCUUCUGCUUGCAACAUCCGCGAAGAUUAUAUGCAUUGUGCGGUCACCCGACCCUUCAAAAGAGGACGAACCGCGAGCUGUGGCUGCGAUGAGACGGAACCUAAUCGGCUUCGGGCUUUGGCACGAUUCGAUCAUGGAACGUGUACAGGUCCUGCCCGCUGACUUGAAUCGCAAGCGUUUCGGCCUCAGCCAGGACGUGUUCGACGAUCUUUCGUCCCAGGUGCAGGUCAUCGUGCAUGCGGCCGCUUCUGUCAACCUCGUCUAUCCAUAUGCCGCUCUACGCGCUGCGAAUGUGGAAGGCACGAGGGAGAUUCUCCGACUGGCUUGCAAGGGCAAUGCGUCCCUCCUGUAUGUAAGCACGAACGGAGUGCUUCCCCACUCACCAUCUGGAAAUGGCUGGCCCGAGGACUCGAUGCUGUACGUUGAUGCUGUGCCUGAAAAGAUUCCCGAUGGAUAUGGCCAGAGCAAAUGGGCGGCCGAGCAGCUGGUUCUGGAAGCUGGACGGCGAGGACUGCCCGUAAGAAUUCUUCGAGCAGGAACCAUUAGCGGUCACAGCACAACCGGUGCUGCCAACGCCUGGGAUCUGCUUACUGCACUCUUCGUGGAGUCGAUUCGCCUCGGCUACCACCCCGAUGUAGAAGGCUGGCGAGCGGAGAUGACACCCGUCGACUUCGUGUCCAGAGCCAUCGUCCAUCUCGGAGACCAGGCACACGCCAAGCAGCUGGUCUUCCAUCUCGGCGACCCAAACCCUAUCGAUGCCAGUCAGGUUUUCAAGCACUUCGGCGAACUAGGCUACCCAACUGAGCCACUUCCCUUCGACGAGUGGGUGACCAUGUGGACCGAAAAGCGUGGUUCCGUCAAGGGAGGCGAGGGCGCAGCGCCAGUGGACAUUCUUCGCUCGGGUAUGCCGAGCGUCGAGUUCCUCCGCGACAUCGUCGUGCUCAACAAUGCUCAAACUCGUCCUUACCGCGCCGUGGUCGAGCGACCCAAGGUCGACGAACAGCUGCUGGAGACGUACUCCCGCCAUUGGUUCGCUCGUGGCUGGCUGCCACACCCGCCGACCCGGCACUCUGCUCCCGGUGGUGCACCUCUGCUUCCGAGCGGCAUCCGCCGCAGUAUGCUGGAGGGACGUGUGGCCGUCAUCACCGGUGCAUCAUCUGGCAUUGGCGCAGCUGUAGCUACUGCUCUUGCUCGCGAAGGAUGUCACUUGGUCCUUGCCGCUCGUCGCGUCAAAGCUCUCGAAGACCUCAAGAUCCGCCUCGCCCAGCGCGAAGGUAAAGUUCUCAUUCACGCUACGGACGUCACAAAGAAGUCAGACGUCGAUGCGCUUUUCCGUGAGACAGAAGCCAAGCUCGGUCCGGUCGAUAUCCUGGUGAGCUGUGCAGGCGUCAUGUACUUUACGAUGAUGGCCAACACGCAGACGGAAGAAUGGGAGCGGACAGUCGAUGUCAACUGCAAAGGUCUGCUGAACUGUCUGUCGAACGUCGUACCAUCUAUGCUGGAGCGCGGCACGGGUCACAUCGUUGCCAUCUCCUCGGACGCAGGGAGGAAAUGCUUCCCCGGCUUGGGCGUAUACUCUGCCUCCAAGGCCUUCGUCGAGUUCACGCUUCAAGCAGUACGUCUCGAGACUGCCGGCAAGGGACUAAGAGUGACGAGCAUCCAGCCCGGCAACACGGAGACGGAGCUGCUGGGUAUAUCGACGGAUCAGGAGGCGCUCGAGAAGUUUGGCACGCCGACCGGCGCGAAGGUCCUGGAUCCGAGCGAUGUCGCGGGCUCGAUUGUUUAUGCCCUGAAGCAGCCGGAUUGUGUGGCUGUCAAUGAGAUUUUGAUCGAGCCCAGGGAUGAACCAAUUUAG